AUGGAACUGCAAGAGCUGAAACGCCCCAGGGUCGGCUGGUUUCGCGGGCUGCGGAACAGGCGCGACGAAGGUCUCGAUGAGAUCGCUACGCAGCCUUCGGUGUUCGAUGAUCCUGUGGGGCUGGAAGUGUACCGCCCGCCCCCGGAGUACGAGAACGCGCACAGAUUCGAUCCGAAGGCGACGUGGACAUGGAGGGAGGAAAACCGUCUCGUUCGGAAGAUUGACAUACGCAUCAUGCUCUGGUCGUGUCUCAUGGUGUUCUGCCUCUCCCUGGACCGCGGCAACAUCCAGCAAGCGAACACGGACAACUUCCUGCCCGACCUCGGGCUCACGACCGACGAUUAUAACCUGGGCAACUCCGUGUUCAAGUUUGCGUUCGUCUCGGCGGAGCUGCCGUCGCAGAUCGUGUCCAAGAGGAUCGGCCCUGAUGUUUGGAUACCCAUACAGAUUACGCUUUGGAGCAUCGUGUCGGCAUCGCAGUUUUGGCUUACGGGGAGGCCGACAUUUCUUCUUACGAGCAGAGUCUUGAUUGGCUUCUUAGAGGGCGGGUUUAUCCCUGAUACUGUACUUUAUCUUUCGUAUUUCUAUACGAAGACGGAGUUGCCCAUCCGUAUCGGCUGGUUUUUUGUUUCCUCACAGUACAUGUCCGCUCUCAUAGGCGCCUUCGUCGCAACUGGCUUCCUCGCUAUCCAGAACGCCACUGGCACCCAAGGGUGGAGAUGGCUCUUCCUGCUUGAGGGAAUCCUCACUGCUGUAGUCGGCAUUGCGUCUUUCUUCAUGUUGCCACCUGGGCCUACGCAAACAAAGGCUUGGUUUCGGCCAAAGGGAUGGUUUACUGAAAGAGAAGAAAUAAUCAUGGUGAACAGGGUCUUGCGAGAUGACCCUAAUAAGUCAUCCAUGCAUAACCGGCAAGGCUUGACUCUUCCUAUGAUCUGGAGAUCAGUAAGCGACUGGAGGCUAUGGCCAUUGUAUUAUCUUGGCUUCGUUUUCUGCAUCAACGUGGGCCCUCCCCAGCAAUACCUCACCUUAACACUCCGGCGCCUAGGCUUCGACACCACCGAAUCCAAUCUACUCACGACGCCGUCGAUCGUGAUCGGGAUGAUCGGACUCGUCGUUACCACCUACCUCGCAGAGCUGACCAACUCGCGGACAUUCGCAUGUCUCACCCUGCAGAUAUGGGCGUUUCCGCUCCUGAUCGCGCUGUAUACGUUCACCACCGAAACGUCGCAGUGGAGCUACUACAUCGUGGUCACGCUCAUCACUGGGUUCCCGUAUGUGCACCCGAUUCAAGUCGCGUGGGCGUCUAGAAACUCGGGGAGUGUCGAGGGGAGGACGGUGUCUGCGAGUCUGUACAACAUAUGUGCCAAUCUUGGAGGAGUUGCAUACUCGAAUAUAUAUAAAACAAGCGAUGCUGUAAGAGCUGACUUCAAUAAACAUGGCAACCUCGCGUUGAUUUUCAUCACAGUCGCCAACAUUGUGGCAUAUGGCCUUACUUGGCUGUUCUACAGAGAGACCAACCGCCGCAGACAAGCAAAGUGGGACAGCAUGUCAGAAAAAGAACAACAAGUGUAUGUAGAGACGACGGCGGAUAAAGGCAACCAGCGACUGGAUUUCAGGUUUGCGUAUUAG